GGCGGGGAGGCGGAGGAGAAGGGCCGGGUGAAGAGGACGAUCAUUAGAGACUGGAAAACGAGACUGAGCUACUUCCUGCAAAACUCCUCCAGUUCUACUAAAAUGAAAUCCAAGAAAGCAGGAAAGCACCACACCUACUUCAGACCUUCCCCUGAAGAAGCCCAGCUGUGGUCAGAAGCUUUUGAUGAACUUCUUGCUAACAAAUAUGGUCUUGCUGCUUUCCGAGCUUUUCUGAAGUCAGAGUUUUGUGAAGAGAACAUUGAGUUCUGGCUGGCAUGCGAGGACUUCAAGAAAAUCAAGUCACCCCAGAAGCUGACAGUGAAAGCAAAAAAGAUUUACAAUGACUUCAUUGAAAAGGAAGCUCCCAAAGAGAUAAACAUAGAUUUUCAAACCAAGAACCUGAUUGCUCAGAAUAUUCAAGAAGCUACACAUACCUGCUUCAGUGCCGCACAGAAGAGAGUUUAUAGCUUAAUGGAGAAUAACUCAUAUCCACGGUUUUUAGAAUCUGAAUUCUAUCAGGAACUGUGCAAAAAGACUCCCAUCACCAGAGUGGCCCAGGCAACAUGAGCUACAGCAAGGAGCAAGGAGAAGUCUUGCAGCUACUGAAGAAGAAAGCCACAGAUCCCCAGCUGCAUCCUGACCAGAAGGGCUGAGAUACCAAGUGCACAGUCCAUCUGCCAGGAUGCAUGGACAAAUAUCAACUGUGUUGCAAAGCCGAUAGCAGGGGAUGAUGCUGGAGGGCGUGCAGGGAGAGUUGGCAGCCAGCUGCUAGGGACACACCUUUUUCUGUGAACACUGGUGUGAAAAGGUGAUUCCACAUUUUCGAUGAAGCCGAGUGACGUGACAUUCCUCAUGUCACAGUGGAGGUGUUGAUACAGUAGGUUAGAGCAGAGCUUCCUUUUUGUAAACACAAGCAGCUCUGUACAGCUGAGCAGUGCUGGGAGCUUGAGUAAUUGGUUACGUACUUAUUUUUCCUAAACAUCAACAGUGCUGCUGUCAUCAUUCACUUAGUGUCUUAACACCAGUUGUGUAAACUAAAGACUUCUAGCUGCAGACAGAUGUAUCAGGCUUCUCUGCAACUGCUCAACACUAUAGCACUGUCACCAGCAGUAUGAAGUGAGGAGGGGGGGGAUAUAAUUCACUUCCCAGAGGAGCAGGUUGUGUAACUUAAGUAUACAGGGCUGCAUGAUGUCAGUGGGGCUGCAGGAGAGCAGGCUGAGGGCAGAACAUGGCCACAGCAAACAGGAACUAUACAUAUUAUAUGCAGAUUGUGGUUGUGCUGAAUGCUGCAUUAUGUCAUAAUUCUGUCUUGAGGACAGCAAGUUUUAGUGAAUUUUA